UCCCCUGCUGCGGCGGCGGCUGCGCUUCCCCGUGGGGCAGGAGCGCUCCCGCAGCGGCGGGCGCCGCAGGAGCCCGAGAUGGCGGACAGCGCCGCGGCCACCGCCGCUCCCCGCGCCGCCGUGAAGGGCGGCUCGGCGGGGCCCUGGUGGAAAUCGCUGACCAGCAAGAAGAAGCACAAGGAAGCGGCGGCAGCCCCGCCGCCCCCCGCCAGCGAGACCCCCGCCGACCCCCCCAGCCCCGACGACCGGGAGGAGCAGCCGCCCCCCUUCGGCAGCGGCGACGCCGCGGGGACGGGCGGCGGGAGCCGGCGGAGCCUCCGGGUGUCCCAUUCGGGCCGCUUCAAGGAGCGGCGGAAGAUGCGCACCUCGCUGCUCGGCGACGGCCCCGAGGUCUUCGACGGCGGCGGCGCUCCAGGCCAUGCCGACCAGGGGGGCGAGUAGCCCAGCAGGACCUUGCCGAGGAGCUGCCACUGGACGGGUGGCCGGAGGACUGGCAGGACAGGUAGCCGGAGUCAGUGACUGCCCCGCAGCUGGCCGUGGUCCCAUGGGCGACAUGAGGGCGUGUGGCAGUGGCCUCCCCAACCCCGACCAGACGCUGCGGGGAGUCCGGCGUCUCCGCCAGAUGAGGGAAUCGCGUGCUGUGUUACAUGAACACCGCCAAGACCAAACCCCUAGAUGAUGGGACUAUGUGAUUGUCUUAAAAAAAAAAAAAAAACAAACAAAAAAAACACAAA